CUCGGUCCCCUCACACACAGCCCGCCUUCCCCGCCGGGCUCGGGCCUCCUCUCGAGCGAAAGCGCCGCCGGGGCUUGGAGCGUCGCCGAGGCCUCCCAUUCGCUGCCAGGCCCGCGCUCCCCGCCUUCUCCCCAGCCGCCUGUUGGGGCUCCGCCGCUCGGCCCGCCCGGCCUCCUGCAGCCGCGCCUCCCUUUCCCCUCCCUCCGCCCCGCAGUUUCCGCCGCCGCCGUCGACGACGACUCGCGUGUGGCGGGCAGAAAGCGCUCGCGGAGCUGCGGGUCGAGGCCGCAGGACCCCGGAGGACGCCUCUCUCCCUUCGGGUGAUGAAGGCAGGAGGGAAAAGGCCGCAGCAGCAGCAGCAGCGCCUCUUUGGAAAGCGGGAUCCCUCACAGAUAAGAUGACUUUCCAGUGGACAGCUGUUGCAGCCUUUCUCUAUGCCGAAAUAGCAAUCUUACUCUUGCUCUGCCUCCCGAUUAUUUCUCCUCUGAGAUGGGAGAAGGUUUUUAUGAUCUCUGUGUGGAGCAGAAUUAAAAACUAUUGGAACAAGGGGUUUCUUACAAUUAUAGUUCUGUUAAUUGUUUUAUUUCUGGAUGCUGUAAGAGAGGUGAGGAAAUACUCAAAUGUUAACUUAAGUGAUAAAACUGCACAUAGAAGUGCCAAUGCAUUGGAUCACAUUCAGAUGAAACUUUUUCGGUCACAACGAAAUCUUUAUAUCUCAGGAUUCUCUCUGUUUCUUUGGCUUGUACUGAGACGUACCAUUUCUCUUAUCACUUCAUUGGCAAAAAAGAUGGGAGACCAGAAAGCUCUAGAAAUGGAAGUAGAAAAUAUCAACAAAGUUGCCAAAAAGUGCUUGGAAGAGAAUGAAAAACUUCAAUCAAUGAAAGCUAAAUGUGACAGGGGAGAAGUGUCCGAUGAAGAGCUACAGGAAGAAGUGAAAAAGCUGAAAGACGAAUUAAAGAAAACUUCACAUGCUCUCAGCAAGGCCAAAGAUGACUUUUCUACAACUCAGAAGCGGUGUGAAGGCCUUAGAAAAGAAUAUGACCAACUUACAAAAGAAUACAACAAAAUGCAGUGUUCUUCAGGCGGAAAACAUGAUAAGAAAGGCCAGUAAAUGCAGCACAAGGACAUCAUUAAUACACGUGCAUCAACAUGAAUCGUCUCUUGUUCCUGUCUUUACUCUCCUAAGCUUUGUAAAAACAAGGUCUAUUUUCUUUAAAGGGAAAUGCUCUGCGUUUGUAGCUGAAACGCUAGGUUGCCAAACAUAUUUUAUUUUGCAAUGGAAAUAGUGGCUAGGAUCCAAAGACCUACUUUACUUGUGUCAAAGGCGCAGUGGAAGUUUUGCUUUGAUUUUUGUUCUUGUUCUUAUUUGAAUGGCAGAUUCCCAUGGCAUGUCACACAAACUCCAUUAAGCUGCAAAAGAGAUUUGCCAUGUCUCAUGGAGGGCUGGCGUUCAAGAAAUACAAGUCCAUACCUCCUUUGAGCACACAGCUUUAUUUGUGUGGUUAUUUGGAUGCAGACCAGUAAGUGGUGUGCUGUCAGUAUACUGUGAAGAAUCUUUUUAAGCCUAUAAGGAAAAUGUAAAGCAGUUUAGAAUGGAAAUUUCCAUUAACCACUGUUCAGCUUCUAUCCACUGUUUUACACUGAAACUGAAAAAGGCAGGAGAUUGUACAACUGCCAGCUAUAGUAAUGUAGAAGAGGCUUUUUAAACUACAUAAACCAUGAUGCUAGAAGAAUAAGCAUAGUGAAACAUGCUACAUCCAGAUAACUUGACAAACAGUAAAAAGAAUUAAAAUAAAUUUUAAAGGACUUCACAUUUAAUUGCAUAGUUAUUUAUAGUUGAGAGUUUCUUCUUUCCCCAUCUUUAGAUUUUUACUAUAGUAUACUUUUACUUCAUGUAUUCAAGAAUUUGAAUAUGUUGUAUUUUCUUUCUGCAGUGGGCGAUACCCCUGAAAAACACAUAUAUGUAACUUACAAAACAGGCUUUUUUUGGUGAUUAGUUAUUUGUGACAUUGUUUCUUUCUUAAAACCUUCAUUAUCUGCAACUGAAAGGUUUUAUUUUUAUUUUUUUACAUUGGUUCCAGUAUGCUGCUUGGAUGUUGGAUUUGUUAAUAAAAGAGAUUGUUUAAGCUUG